GAGUUACUCAUUGCAGGAUGGGUAUUUAACUUUAAAUUAAAUGUACGUUAAAUAAAUAUAAAAUACAUCUUAAAUGAACAAUACCUGAAAGAGACAUUCUGAAUUAAUCUUAAAUUGCAAUUGGCUACUAAAAAAACAUACACUGCCUUGUCCAAUCCCACAUUAUAUACAUAAGUCAAUUAAGCUGUAGGCCUAAAUAGGCUACGUUGCUCCAACCAUCAUGUCAAAAUUAAAGCAAGAGAAAAAUUAACAAAAAUGAUAUCGGCUACUUGCCUAUAUGUUGUAAUGUUCUGUUUGGACACCAGAACAGUAUAACAGAUAGGCCCGUAUGUGUUAUCCGUUUCGUUGCCAAAUUAGCCAGAAUACUCCAGUGCUCCAUGAUACACAUGAUUUAAUCACACCUUAUUCCGCCACGUUUCAUUUCCUCUUUUAGCAAACAGAGCUAUCUCUUUCAAUCCAAAUACCUCUUCGCCAUCUUCAACUAAUCCUCGUCGAUCAGGUAAGACGUCUUUUAACACGGCGUACAGAUGUCUUAAAUAAACGUUGGAGAGCCCGAUAUGCAAGAGAUCAGUGUUACAGUUUGGUAAAGGAUUAAAACGUCUUCUUCUUUUGCUCUUCCUCGCCAAGGGGAGAGAGCAGGCUAUUGGACGGCCCGAGGCCCAGGGGUGCCCUUUUGAUCAUUUCAUUCUCUCCUUGUAGCAAAAUGUUCUGAUUGGUCGAGAGCGUAAGAAGGGGAAAAUCUUUAAUUAAGCUGAUAAUCUCUUGUUGGGACGAGAGUGGCUCCAUUUCACAGACCCCCUCAAACCCCCUCAAACCUCGCACCGCACGAGACCCUUGGUAGGACGAACUGAGGUUCUAUGCGCGAGCUCUGUAUCCUCUUACUUAGCCACCAGAUCGCAUAGACUUUAGGAGUUCUCCCGCGCGCCUGUCAGGAUGUUCAUGCAUUUAAAAGGCUUCUAUUGCGUUUUUGUUCUAUUGACCCACAUGAGAUCUUACUGUUGCUGGUCAGUGAAUAAUUUCCUGAUGACUGGACCCAAGGCCUACCUCAUCUACUCUAGCAGCGUGGCAGCAGGGGCCCAGAAUGGGAUCGAGGAAUGCAAGUACCAGUUUGCCUGGGAUCGCUGGAACUGCCCUGAGAGAGCCCUGCAGUUGUCCACACACAGCAGCCUACGCAGCGCCAAUCGAGAGACGGCGUUUGUCCAUGCAAUCAGCUCUGCAGGGGUCAUGUACACACUUACCAGGAACUGCAGUUUGGGCGACUUCGACAACUGUGGCUGUGACGACACCCGGAAUGGACAACGAGGUGGUCAUGGGUGGCUAUGGGGAGGGUGCAGUGACAACGUUGGCUUUGGCGAGGCCAUUUCCAAACAGUUUGUGGACGCGUUGGAGACCGGACAGGACGCGCGAGCCGCCAUGAACCUCCACAACAAUGAGGCCGGUCGCAAGGCGGUCAAGGGCACCAUGCAGCGCACCUGCAAGUGCCACGGGGUGUCGGGCAGCUGCACCACUCAAACCUGCUGGCUGCAGUUGCCCGAGUUCCGGGAGGUGGGGAACUACCUGAAGGACAAGUACCACCGGGCCCUGAAGGUGGACCUCCUCAAGGGAGCCGGCAACAGCGCCGCCAGCCGCGGGGCCAUCAGCGAGACAUUCAACGCCAUCUCCCGCAAGGAGCUGGUCCACCUGGAGGACUCCCCGGACUACUGCCUGGAGAACCGCACGCUGGGCCUGCCCGGCAUGGAAGGCCGCGAGUGCGUGCGCAAGGGCAAGAACCUGACCAAGUGGGAGAAGAGGAGCUGUCGGAGGCUGUGCGGGGACUGCGGCCUGGCGGUGGAGGAGCGCAGGGCAGAGCUUGUGUCCAGUUGUAACUGCAAGUUCCACUGGUGCUGCGCAGUCAAGUGUGAGCAGUGCAGGAAGACGGUGACCAAGUACUUUUGCGUGAGGAAAGGCGUGGCGGCAGCGGCCGUGCAGGUGCAGAGGGCCAGGGGCAACGAGAGCCCCGCCAGCCGCAGGAAGAACCUCCGGAUGAGGAAGAAGCACUAAAAGAUGGUCUCCCCCUCCGGGACGGAUGGCUCCGUCCCUCGCUGGCAUGGUUAGAAGACGGCACCGCCCAGGGUCAACAGGUUUUAGAAAAUGUUUUGUUUUUGAUGUGUUUAAAGACCACUUUUUAGCAGUUUGUCCUCUUCAAUGGGGACGCCUUUGUAUGAAUGGCGAAUGGUGGGAAGGAGGUGAUUUGUGAAACGACGAGGGAAGACGAGAAGGGAGAACCUUUAUAGAUUCGUAGGGAUAUUUUUUGGGAUAUAAAUUUAUAAAUGUAUAUUUUUGUACUUUUUAGAAUAAUGUUUUUGAGAAGACAUCAGGCAGAGAAAUGUAAAGAGUUUUUAUCCAAAUAGGAAAAAUUCUCAGCACCACUUUAUUUAUUCUCAUACACAAAACACAAAGGCUUUGAGAAACGAUCAAAACAAUUGAUUUAUAUAACAUUCUCCGUCGAGGCGGGUCACCGAAUGAAGUCUUACCCUCCACUCCAUAUACCGCUUAGAUCUUCAUCUUUAACACAGCCGUCCUUUUCUGCCCUGUCGUGUAUUUAUCUGUAAAAUGUAAAAAAAUGAAGCACUUUGUACUGUACAUUAUUAAUUUAUUGCACAGCAUUUCCUAGUUUUUUUUUCUUUAUUCGUAGUUACCUCUGGUGGCAUGUUUUCCAUUCAAAACUUUUAAAAAAUAAUAAAAAAAACGUAAUUACUCUGUCUGUCAAAUCAUUUAACCUUUAAUUAAAGACAAGAAAGAAAAAAAAACAUGUCUACACAGCCCUUGAAUCCAACUCAUUAUUGUCCGGCUA